AUGGUCUCUGAGCAUGCCAUCAACCAUCUGAACUGCAAGCUGCAAGAUUCAGAUCUCCAACCUCAGAAUCGUGCUGGCCAUGACUUUGAAGAAUUGCGAAGUUGUUUCGUUGGAGAGGACAUUCCAGAGCAGGAGGAACCGCUGCUGAAAGAGAGUAAAAGUCGAUUUGUCUUAUUUCCAAUACAAUACCCAGAGAUUUGGACUUUUUACAAAAAAGCCCAAGCUUCAUUCUGGACCGCGGAAGAGAUUGACCUCUCGCAUGACCUAUGGGACUGGGAGCGAUUGAACGAUGGCGAAAGACAUUUCAUUUCCCAUGUCCUUGCUUUUUUUGCAGCGUCAGAUGGCAUUGUGAACGAAAAUCUUGUCGAGCGCUUCUCAAAUGAAGUCCAACUCCCUGAAGCACGUUGUUUCUACGGCUUUCAAAUUAUGAUGGAGAACAUUCAUUCCGAAACGUAUUCCCUCCUUAUUGAUGCUUACAUCAAAGAUUCAGAAAAACGAGACUUCCUCUUUCAGGCAAUUGAAAACAUACCUUGCGUCAAAUCCAAGGCUGACUGGGCACUGUACUGGAUAUCUGAUCGAAAUUCUACGUUUGCGGAACGUCUCGUUGCCUUUGCCGCAGUGGAAGGCAUCUUCUUUUCUGGGUCCUUCGCUGCCAUCUUUUGGAUGAAAAAACGAGGGCUUAUGCCGGGCUUGACCUUUUCAAACGAAUUGAUCAGCCGGGACGAAGGCCUACAUACAGAUUUUGCAUGCCUUCUGUUUACCUAUUUGAAGCGUAGACCGCACCCCAAUACGAUACUCAGAAUCAUCCAGGAAGCUGUUGAGAUCGAAAAAGAUUUUCUGACUAAUGCCCUUCCCGUCGACCUCAUCGGUAUGAAUGCCAAACUCAUGCGACAGUAUAUUGAAUUUGUUGCCGACCGCCUGCUCGUGUCAUUUGGAAAUCCAAAAUAUUAUGGCUCGGCCAACCCUUUUGAUUUUAUGGACAUGAUAUCACUUCAAGGAAAGACAAAUUUCUUUGAAAAAAGGGUUUCAGAUUACCAGAAGGCCAGCAUUGAUGUCUCUCGGAAGACAGAUUCCCCAUCUCAUAAAUCAUUUACCGUAUCUGAAGACUUUUAA